UUGUCCGAAGCGUUGGUUAUAUUAGAAAUAAUUUUUAUAAGGUGGUUAAUUUUCUAAUUUUUACCCGUAACCUGUGACCACAGAACACUAUUACUCUAACGACUAACGAGGCGAGGGCGUGACCAAGGGAAAUAGGGAUUCAUUUUUAUAUGCAUGUAAAUGUAAUAGAUAACUGACUGUUGAAAAUUUAAAAUGUCUAUUUGGUAUUUUUUCUUACUUCGUGUUAAUCCUAGAGUAAAUAAUAGGUUCCUUGUUCGUGUUUGUCGUCAAUCGCUAUCGUUAUUCGUUAAGAGUAAAAGUGUUCUGUGAUCGCCAAGUGACAAUCGUUCAAACUUCUAAGUUGAAAGUUCUAACUUUUUCGAAUUACUUUUACAUUUUAAACUAUCAAAUUAUAUUUGUCUAGUCAAAAUAAACGGGUACGUGUUACAGAUCGUAAUUAUGAACUAGUUCUUUUAUAUUUUUUUUAUUGUAUUGAUAUUUUCCAUGUUUGUUUAUAGCUUAUCUAUAACUUGACUACGAAUUAUGAAUGAACUUUGUACUCAAGAAUAAUUCAAAGAUUUUGUCGUAGAUCUUAAUAUGUCGAAGCUAUCUGAGAUUAGACUGCUACUUGACGCUAAGGUGAAAGAAGGCAUUCCGAAUCCUCCAGGUUCCUUUGACCCCAGAGACUUACAAAGAAUAAGCAAUGACAAAUAUUUAUAUAGAGUAUUGGAACACUCCUCCAAUAGCGUAACACAAGCCGCAGAUAUGCUUUUUAAUACAAUGGUAUGGAGAAAGUUAAAUAACGUAAAUGAUAUUAACGAGUCAUCUGUGGACAGGUCUAUUCUUGAAAAUGGAUUGUUUUUCCCCCAUGGCCGAGAUAUAGACAGUUGUUUACUUUUCAUCAUGAGGUCAAAAAUUUAUGUCAAAGGCCAAACUGAUAGACAAGCUGUGAAAAAAGUAUUUGUUUACUGGCUGGAAAGAUUGGAAAGAGAGGAAAGUGGAAAAAAGGUAACUUUGUUCCUUGAUAUGGAUGGCUGUGGACUAAGUAAUAUGGAUUUGGAAGUCUUUAUGUAUAUCAUUGAUGUUUUAAAAAGUUAUUACCCGAGUUUUAUUAAUUAUAUAAUUGUUUUUCAAAUGCCAUGGGUCUUAGGUGCUGGUUUUAAGAUAAUAAAGAGUGUUUUGCCUGCAUCUGCAAUGGAUAGAUUAAAAACUGUUAACAAAGAUAAAUUAAAAGAUUGGGUAGCACCAGAGCAGGCUUUAGUUGAUUGGGGUGGUAAAGAUAAUUAUACAUUUAAGUUUGAGCCAGAAAAUAGACAAAUUCACCAGGUAGAAAAUGUUAAUUAUGAGAAUUAUUCACCAGGAGAGAUGCUUUGCCUAAAUCCCCAUAAAGUACUUGAAUUCAAAAUGAGAAAUAAUGAAAUUAGUGCUCAAUUAGAUAUAAGGAAUAUGGAAGACAGUUUAGUUGCGUACAAAAUCAGAACAACAGCCCCGGAAAAAUACAUAGUUAAGAAUAGUUCUGGAAUCCUAUCACCUAGAAUGUCACAAAAUAUUGUUAUAAUAUUACAAAAUGGGUUUUUCAAUGACUUAGUAAAUAAGGAUAGGUUUCUUAUAGUGUCUGUUCAAGUGCCUAAAGCUAAUUUGUCUUAUAAAGAAUUAACACAUAUUUGGCAAACUAGUCGCAGUGCAGUUGAUGAGUACAGAAUGACUUGUGUGCAUAUUGGAGAAAAAACAACAUUGAAACCACAUAACUCUAUGGUUGAUGUUAUAGGGAAGUUAGAAGACAAUUUUGAUAUUACAAAUCAAAAACUUCACUAUAUAAAUAUUAAACAAAUUAUCAUAAUGUCAUUCAUGUUCAUUAAUAUAAUAUUACUGUGUCUUACAUACAGACACCUUAAAAGGCCUUGUCAUAUUUCAAAUUAUUCAGUUAAUUGAAUUUUCUUGUAUAUUAAAUAAAUUUUAUUUUGUUUUAUCAAUUUAGCUAGUAUUAGAAUAAAAUUACUCUUUAAGUGAUGACUAUUAUAAAUAUCUUUCAAUGUAAUUUAAAUAUUUUGUGGAAGAAAAGUUUAUUAUGCCAAAAAUAAAUUAUGAGUAAUCUAUUUAAAAGCAGGAUCAAGCAGUAUCUUUUAACUUAUCACAUAUUAUAUAAAAAAAAUCUAUUAUUUAUAAUGCAAUCAGUAAACUGUUUUAAUUAUUGUUAAUAUUAAGUGAUAUGGCUGUGCAAAAUUAAUAUUUAUAUUGGUAUAUUACAGGGUGUUUGAAAAUAUAAAAUUAUUUUGUUAAAUAUAUAUUUCUUAUAAUAAUAGUAAAUAGAUUAGGAAUAAUAUAUCUAUAUUAUAAAAUAUGUGUAAGAAAAAAUAUGUUUAGUAAUACAUAUUUAAAUUAUUUUUUUAUGAGAAUAAGGGAAUUAGUAGGAUGUUCAGCUGAUGGUGAUUGAGACACCCUGCUCAUUAUAACGCAGUGCCGCUCAGGAUUCUUGAAAAACACAAAAAUUCUGAGUACAACAGUGCUCGUCACAUUGAGACAUAAUGUUGAGUUUAUGACACAGAUGUUAUGACUCUUUUAUUUAAAAUAUAAUUGGAAACUUAUUAUACAUAUCUGAGUCCUGUGUGUUUGUUUGAAAAAAAAAUUGCGAAUUUAGUAAAUAUGAAAACACUUCUCUUUUCCCAUCCAGCGACCCCACUAAACUACAAGUACCUUACUGUAGAACUGCAUUGUUUCAGAGAAACUGUUUUUGUAUGUGCAUAAAAAUGUAUAAUCACAUAUAAGAGAGAUAUUGUCAAAUAGGGAUUGAAAAUAUACCUUAUUAAAAACUGCUUUAUUCAUUAAAUGAAUAUUUUUAAUUAAAAAAAUUGUCAAUGAUUUUUUUAUAAUACGAGUAUAAUAUAAAAUAAUGAUAAAUAAUUCUGCUAUAAAUUUUUUGUUCUAUUGAUAUUAUUGUACUCUAAUGAUAUAGAAAUGUAUUUUGUAACAUUUGCACGUCAUAAAUGUGGCAAACACGUACUUUAUAAUAUUUAUGUAACAUAAAUCUAACAUGUUUAUGCAAAUAAAAACUUUGGAACAAAAUGUAUUUGAGAGAAUUGCUUGGAGGCAACUUUUAGAAUCUGUAAGUAUAAUGGAGUUGAUCAAAAUGUGGGACUUAAUAAAUUCAAUGGCCUCUAAUAUAUAUUGGCCUCAAAUGAUGCUCCUGUAAGUAAAUAUGUGACAGAUGAACAACUAUAAUUGAAAUUUAUCUGCAAAUUUUGCAGCCAUUUUAUAGGUAUCACUAUGAUCAAUGGAAUUAUUAAACGGAUUACUGAUGAAUUCCACCAACUUCUAAUUUUUUUUGAAAUCACUAAAGCAAAUUUCGAAGUCUGAUACCACUACCUUAAUUUCUGCUGUGUAUUUGUCAGGAAUUAAAUCGUAGUUAGUAUGUUUUUCCAUAUGAUCCUUGAUGUUUAAAAAUAGUUAAAAUUUUUUGUUUUCUAUGUCAUCUAUCAUAGACACUGU